ACGGCGGCGGCGGGUGCGGGCCCAGGAGACUCGAGCAGCCGCGGGGCCUCGGCCUCGCUCGCUCCUCACCCCCUCCCCCCGCGCCGGGGGAGGCGGCGUGUCCGGCGGAGGGUUGUGGGGCGCGGGGCCGGGCUGGAGCGCCAUGAGCAGCCCGGAUGCGGGAUACGCCAGUGACGACCAGAGCCAGAGCCGGAGCGCGCUGCCCGCGGUGAUGGCCGGGCUGGGCCCCUGCCCCUGGGCCGAGUCGCUGAGCCCCCUCGGGGACAUGAAGGUGAAGGGCGAGGCGGCGGCGAGCAGCGGGGCGCCGGCCGGGGCGGCGGGCCGAGCCAAGGGCGAGUCUCGCAUCCGGCGGCCGAUGAACGCCUUCAUGGUGUGGGCUAAGGACGAGCGCAAGCGCCUGGCGCAGCAGAACCCAGACCUGCACAACGCCGAGCUGAGCAAGAUGCUGGGCAAGUCGUGGAAAGCGCUGACCCUGGCGGAGAAGCGGCCCUUCGUGGAGGAGGCCGAGCGGCUGCGCGUGCAGCACAUGCAGGACCAUCCCAACUACAAGUACCGGCCGCGGCGGCGCAAGCAGGUGAAGCGGCUGAAGCGGGUGGAGGGCGGCUUCCUGCACGGCCUCGCCGAGCCGCAGGUGGCCGCGCUGGGCCCUGAGGGCGGCCGCGUGGCCGUGGACGGCCUGGGCCUGCCCUUCCCCGAUCAGGGCUUCCCCGCGGGCCCGCCGCUGCUGCCCCCGCACAUGGGCGGCCACUACCGCGACUGCCAGGGCCUGGGCGCACCCCCGCUCGACGGCUACCCGCUGCCCACGCCCGACACGUCCCCCCUGGACGGCGUGGAGCCGGAUCCGGCCUUCUUCGCUGCGCCGCUGCCCGGGGACUGUCCAGCAGCCGGGCCCUACAGCUAUGCGCAGGCCUCGGACUACGGGGGGCCCCCGGAGCCGCCCGCCGGCCCCAUGCACCCCCGGCUCGGCCCCGAGCCCGCGGGCUCCGCAAUGUCGGGCCUCCUGGCGCCCCCCAGCGCGCUGCACAUGUACUACGGCGCGAUGGGCUCUCCGGCGGCGGCGGGGGGCGGGCGCGGCUUCCAGAUGCAGCCGCAGCAGCACCCGCCGGGCCCUGGGCAGCCGUCGCCCCCUCCCGAGGCGCUGUCCUGCCGGGACGGCGCGGACCCGAGCCAGCCCGCCGACCUCCUCGGGGAGGUGGACCGCACGGAAUUCGAACAGUAUCUGCACUUUGUGUGCAAGCCCGAGAUGGGUCUCCCCUACCAGGGACAUGACUCUAGUGUGAAUCUCCCGGACAGCCACGGGGCCAUCUCCUCGGUGGUGUCCGAUGCUAGCUCUGCGGUAUAUUACUGCAGCUAUCCUGACGUCUGACGAGUCCCCAGCCGACCCAGCCUGCAGGCCAGAAGCAGUGUUACACACUUCCCGGAGGAGCGAAGGAAAUCCUCAGCCUCGUGUUGUGUUGUUUUGUUUUUAAGUUGCCUUGGCAUAUAAUUUAUGGUAAUUUAUUUUGUCUGCCACUUGAACAGUUGGGGGGAGAAAAAUGUGAGGGUGUGUUUUAAGAUUUGUUCAGAUACUUGUUUCCCACCGUUACAUUGUUAAAAGCCCAUUUCCAACUUCAAGUUUACCAGUUUUGAAUGUGUCCCAGAACAACUUGCUCCAUUUCCUGAAAAUUUAUUGAUCAAAGAAAUUUUGUCCUGGGUAUGUUUUUUCAAUCUUUAAAAAAAUAAAAUCUGGAAUCUUU